GCUAGAGGCGCCCACCCGCCCGCACGGCCGCUCUGGCUGCGCGUCUCGGUGGCGGCCGGCGGGAUGAGCGCCCGGGGGGGCGGCGGGCGAGGGGGCGGCUUCGGGCCGUCGGCGCUGGGCACCCGCGAGCACUGGGACUCUGUCUACGAGAGAGAGCUGCAGGCGUUCCAAGAAUAUGGCGAUAUGGGAGAAAUCUGGUUCGGACAAGAGAGUAUGGCUCGGCUGAUACGGUGGAUGCAGAGACACGGGAUUCCACUGGACGCCUCGGUGCUUGACAUCGGGACUGGAAAUGGCGUCUUCCUGACUGAGCUUGCAAAAUCCGGCUUCACUAACAUUACUGGCAUUGAUUAUUCUGCUUCUGCAAUCCAGCUUUCUGAGCAGAUCAUAGAGAGAGAAGGCUUGUCGGGCAUUACGUUGAAGGUAGAAGACUUUCUGAAUCUUUCCACAGAGCUGUCUGGAUUUCAUAUUUGCAUUGACAAAGGGACUUUUGAUGCCAUCAGCCUUAAUCCUGAAAAUGCAGCUGAGAAGAGGAAGCAGUAUGUGAAAGCUCUGUCUCAGGUGUUGCAGCUGAAAGGCUAUUUCCUGAUCACCUCAUGUAACUGGACCAAGGAGGAGCUGCUGGAGGAAUUCGGUGCCGGAUUUGAACUUUUGGAAGAGCUUCCAACACCUCAGUUCAGCUUUGGAGGCAGAUCUGGGAACAGCGUAGCAGCACUGGUUUUCCAAAAAGCCUGAGGCUUCUCAUUGGACGCGCCCAGCCCGCUCUUUCCAGAAACUAUCGGUCAAAGCAGACCUGACAAGUGCAAGUACUGAGAAAUGCUCAGUAAGUACCCAGGAUGGUACAGGCGCUGUGCAGAUACAAGCAACUAGAGAAAACAGCAAGGAAGUGAUUGGGCUCGCGGAUUUGAUGAAGAAGAAUUAAAAGUUUCCCUUUGU